ACUUUCGUUCUACCAAUUCAUUUGGAGUAAUAAAUAUUUUACAAGACAGUUCUUGUCAUAAUGGACAAACGUCUCUCUAUGAUUGAAUAUGAUAAAAGACUUGAUACUCUGAAGCACUGGCCAUUCACUGCAAGAGACGGAGCUACAUGCACUGCAGAAAAAUUAGCAGAAGUUGGCUUCUUCUGUCCCAAUCCAGACAGUGAUCCAGAUGCUCUGCAAUGCUUUCUAUGUUUGAAACCACUGGAGGGAUGGGAACCUAUGGAUUCUCCAUUUGAUGAACAUAAGUCACAUAGUCCGGACUGUAAAUUUUUAAAACUUGGUUUGCCAGAAAUAGAAGACAUUGACAAUGAAAAAUUAUUUAAAUGUUAUUGUGAAGAAUGUUGCAGUUAUUCAAGUUCUGGACGAGAUUCAGAAAAUGUUCUCAAAUCGUACGAUGAUGAAGUUGCUAAGAACGAAAAAGCGUUUGCCAGGAAACAAAAGCACAAAAUACUAGGAUAAAAAAAUGAGAUGAGGGAAUAUUGUGCACCAGCAUAUUCGAAGUCUAUACUAUGAAGAAAGAUAAAUAAUCAUAUCUCUCCUUGAAUCAUUGAACUAUAUCUUUCCAUGCUUUUAUUUCCAAAGUCACUGCCUUGUCUUUUCUAUUCUAUACUCACUUUCACUCAGAUAUUUAGUUUUUCUUGCCAUUCUUCGAUUCUUGGUUUAGGUUACUAACGAUUACCAAACUUAUCAUAACCUAACUUUCACGUUUAAUGUUAGGGCAAUGGGAUUAGGUUUCUUAAUUGUAUUCAUCGGAUUACGAUAUAGUCUCUGUGGAAUUUCAAAUGUUUUUAUUCGGGGUGCCGGCGAUCCGCAGUAAAAUUGAGUUGAUAUUUUAAUAUCUUAUAUUUAUUUUAUGUUGUGGUAGUUUUUUCUAAAUAUUUAUUGUUAGUAAAUGAUGUACGUCUUUGCGCU